ACAGUUUAUAUCUUCAAUGUCAAAACUAUUCUCAUUCUGACAUAGUCAUUGCAUUUGAAGCAGCAUUAUCAUCAUUUCAUUCAUCCAACAUUUUAAAGAUUAUUUGGUGGCAAUAUAUUCAUUAUUCAUUCUUCUAUGUGUCAUCAAAAGGAACAAGCAUCAAAAGUUUAAUAACUUUAAUAUCAGAAUGUGUUAUAAGUAUGCCAAUGAAUGUUUCUCUUCCACAUAUUCCUGGAAAGUUCAGAACUGAUUAUAGCUUCCACACUGCCUUGACAGAUUUAUUUCUUACUUUUUCACAAUAUUGCUUUGAUAAAGCAACCAUGGCUGAAAGGUUUCUUCAAAUGAUGCCAAAUAAUACAGCAACUAUUGAAAGGGCAAUGUAUUUUUAUAUGACUUCUGGAAAGGAUGAAGAUGCUUUGUCAUUGAUUAAAAAGAAACUUAAUAAUAAAGUAUAUAAUUUGAAUUUAUGGAGAAUGGCAAUUUAUUUGCUGUUAAAGGAAAAUGAUCAGCAAGAAGUACAUAAAACAUAUAAUGAAGCCAUCCAAACAUUGCCAAAUAGUGCUGUUUUAUGGAGAGAGUACCUAAAAUAUGAAAUAUCAGAAAAUCACAAAGAACAUAUAGAAAUGAUUAUGGAAAAAUGUAAACAACUUCAAAUUAAUAUUGUAGAUGAUAGGAGAUGAUAUUUUCAAAAUAUAAG